AUGUCGUCCCCUCUCCAGUCGCACCCGGACUCCUCGCCUGACAGCGCUGCUGAUGCUGUGGCUGCCCGCUCGCUCUGCCCCUCCCCGGAUUACUUCGCGGAGCCGCUCCCGCCUCUUCCCUCCCCAGCCACGUAUGAAUCAAUUCCGUCUCCGCCUCCGAACCCCCCGGUGCUCAGGGCUCGUGCCAUGACGCUCUCCACACCCUCGAUGAGCACUGCUACGGUGCGCACCGCAGAGGCAGGUGAGCUCUUUGAGCACGCGGCGGCUCGUGCGCAGGCAAUAGCCUCGGGUGGCGCGCAUCCCGAGCGACUCCUCGCGGCCACUCCGACCUUCGAGUUCCCCUCUAUCGGACCGGGCUAUGUUACCCCUCCCCCUCUCCCUGCACCCGCAACCGUGACGGGCCUCCACGCGCAUGCGGAGAUCGCGACGCCCCAGCCCCGAGGAGCUGCUCCGGUGGCGGCGAGGCUGGCUGAGGUGGCAGCAGUGGCGCAGGAGGCCCAGCCGACUCGCAAGGACAAGAAACGCCAGCGCAUCAACACUCCGUCGCCGUCUCCGUCGCCGGCGCCGAGCUCUGUGAGGCAGUCUGGUGCGAUCCGUCGCUCAAACCAGAUCCUCAGAGGACGGGCUGCCCUCUCGCACAGGCAGUAUGCACUUGCGCCAUCUGUCUGGAUGUCGCCGGGCUCGUCGCACGGUCGUCUUGCUCCCUCGGCAGCGGCCGCGAUCUCGGAGGCCCUGCUCCCGACUGUGCAGCCGGUGGCUGGCCCAAGCAGGAUCCCAACGCAGCCCGUCGCAGGCCCUAGUCGACUCUCGCAGCCGCGGCGCAUGAGGACUGCGGAACAGGCGGCUAGACAGUACAACGGCGCGGGCACCCGCCUCGGAGUCGUCGACGAGUCGAUGGCCCCGGAAGAACCGAUCUUUGAGGACGACAUCGACAUCCCCCUUGAUCUCACGCCGUCCCCGGGGCUUGAGACGUUCGCCUUUGAUCUCCCGCUCCGUCCUCUCGUCGCUGAAAGCGCGCGCUUGCACGAGACGUCCGGCAGAACUGCGACACGCGCGACGGGAGAGGGCAGCAACACCCAGAGCAUGACGGACAACGACUGGGAUGCCCUCCUCUCGCCGAACGACGACAAUGCUUCCCUACCCCCCAUCCAACACCAGCACGCUGCCACUGCUACUCCCACUCGGCCCUCAGCGCAGUCGGCUGCUGCACUUGCGGCGGCUGCGUCUUUCCAGAACCAGUCCCAGCCCAUUCCGAUCCCAGGCCAAGAUGGACACGCCCCGGCUGCUGGCUCCGCGCAGGGGACGGCAGCGCAGCUUGUGGCGCACCACGGAAUCGUGCCGGGUAACCCUGGGAUGGGAGGAGGCAUCACGUUCACGCCUCCCCCGCCAGGGGGCUUCCCAGAGGUUCUCUUCUCGGAGCCUGACGGUGUGUUUCUUGGUCUGGCGCGCGCGCGCAUCGAGGCACUCACGGCCCCAGCAUCAGGCUCUGAUGAUGACCUCGCGGUCGUCCUCCAAGUCCACAACUCGGGCGCACCUCCGCAGCACGAAGUCCGUGCACUCACGUCUGCUAUCACCGCGGCGAUCCGCCAGAUUACGGGCGGACUCAACCCGCUCGUCAUUCCUCCGGAGCGCGACUGGACUCCGAGCAACGACCGACGCGCGAAUGCGCCUACGACAUGGGCCGUCGUCGGCCUCUCUGCUGAAGAGGUGCGUAGAAUCCUCGCCCAGCCAACAUGGUCGUCGACAACAGUGUCCUUCCACGUCCGCCUCCCUGUCAUCGAGAUCGGACGGUUCAUGUUCUCGGCGGGAGGCUUCGCCCACGACCACAACGGCAGCGUCCUGAACGCGGUGUUUGCGGUCUUUGUAGGGCCAACGGUCCUCCCCGCUAUCUUCGCGCUCGUACAGGCGAACCCGCGCUUUGCGAACGUCGCGCCCGAGGAGGCGGUGCGCACAAUCCUUGCCUCUCUUGAGGUACGGGUCUCCACCCUCCAGAAUGGAAAUCUCACGGCAGCGAUCUUCUGCGACUCCCCCACGCAGUCGAUCGCACGCUGGAGGGAGUGGCGCGACCUCACAGCGUCGCUCCCUUUCCCGAGCCCGCUCAACUCGACGGGCUUCGCGCGGCGCGCUGUGCCAUGCGCGGGCUGCCACGGUGGUGAUCACCCAACUCAUAUGUGCCCGUUCCAGGACGUCCCAGGAUGGAACGCCCCACCGCCGGGGACGACGUGGCGCCUCCCAGGUGCGGCUCUCCCUCAAGGAAUGGCCGGCCAGCAGCAGCCACCGCCUCCUCCUCCGCCGGGUGGCUCGGCGAUGACGCGGACUCGAUCGCAGUCGCAGAUGCCCCGCCGCAACAACCAGGCGCACCCCUUCGCGGGGCCCAAGCACGACAACUUCAACGGUGGAUCGGGCGGCUUCGGCCCUGCGGGUGGAAGGUCGGGCUUCGGGCCUGGUGGUGCUGGUGCGGGCUCGAGCGCCCUCGCGUAG